CAGAGGUACGUUGGUCGUCAGACUGGUCUGCCGUCUGUGCCCCGAGGGGCCGUUUAUAAACGUAGACGACAAACAGCGCCUCUUUCGCGCCGGUCUGUUUCGACACUCGGCCCUGGCUGCAUAACGACGCACAAACCAUGGCGACGGAAAACGACAGGGCUGUCCUGGAGGCUGUGUUCAACCCGCUGUUCUCGGAGUUUGGAUUUUCGACCGAAGCCGAAGAAGCGCCGAACGAAGAUUCCGGUCACGAGGAUGGGAUACCGAACCAGGUGAAGACACUGGAGGUUGAAGGUGUGCAGGCUGCCGAGAAAGGUGACAUCGAUCAAGCCAUCGAAAUCUUCAGCGAGGUGAUCCGUCUGGCACCCAACAGGGCUUCUGGCUACAACAACAGGGCACAGGCGCUGCGCAUCAAGGGUGAUGUUGAUCGUGCUCUGGAAGACCUAAACAAUGCCAUCAAUCUUGGCCAAGGUAACAAACACGCAGCUGCACAGGCCCUCUGUCAACGCGGACUUAUCUACCGGCUCAGGGAACAGGACCAAGAGGCUCAGGCAGACUUCAAGGAAGCCGCCAAAUUGGGAAGCCAGUUUGCCAAGAACCAGCUCGUCCAGAUGAACCCAUACGCAGCCCUGUGCAACCGCAUGCUGGGCCAGAUGUUCGCAAAGCUCAGGCAGGGAGAGGAUGACACCAGAUAAUGGGACACAAUGCUCGUUGGUCCUUGUCCAAAGUGACCACAGAGCUCCUCGCACAAUAGAGGACAGCUCCCACGUGGCUUUGUUCACUGAUCAUGCCAGAACCGUCCCUGAAACUAAGUGCUUGUAGAAAACAAUGGUAGCUUAGGCUUGACUCUUAUAGAGAUUGGUAGUUGCUACCUGUUGCACACUUUGUGGAUGGCUGCACAGUGAGCUAAAAACUAUGUUUGAUGAAAAUUUUUGGAAAGUGGAAUUGCAUCUUUUAUUGGUAGCUUUUAAAGAGCAAACAUUUAUGACGUUACAGUACCUGACAUUGUGCCAUUGCCCUGUUUGUAGCAGCUACGACGGGAAACUGUGCCCUUGCACGAUUAUCCAUACAGUGUUUAGUAUAACAACUUGUGAUGUUCCAGGCAUGCCUGAAGCAAACCUCACUAUGUGCAGGUAAAGAGUGUUAUGUAAAUAAUAGAAAUUGCACAGAAAACAGGGAACAAAUCUGCAGAUGAAAAAA